AUGCUGAACAACGAUUGGCGUGGGCUUUACGGUAUCAACACUAUACAGAGGAUUUUGAUCGUGUCUUCUGGUCUGACGAAUUCUAUCCAACUCCAUACCGAGGAUUCCAAAUUAAACAGAUGUUUUGGGCUUCAUUUUCUGGCUCCCCUCAACGAACUGCUCUUAUCCCACUUUCUGGAGAUCCGAAUUCACAUCGACGAGGUGUAA